UCUCUGCGAGUUCUUCAUUUUUGUUUUGUGUGUGCGUGUGUGUGUGUGAGCGACUGUGCGUGCGUGUGUAUGGGAGAGCAUCGGCUCAAAUACACUCGAGGGAAUUUUUUUGAGAUCAGUUCAGCGCACGGAGCAGCGGCGAGUUGAGCCUCCCACGAAACAGUUCGACGGCUCAGUACGGCUCGCACGAUGUGCAUUCUCUCAAGCGUUAUGUUGGACAAGUGAUGUGUGAACGAGUGAACGAGCGCAGCAAUAAAGCCCAAUUAUAUAUAUGCAUAUAUAUAAACAAUCAAUCAAUCCAUCAAUCAAGCCAUUCAACAAUUGGUUAAACAAGUUAAUGCAUUAAAAAAAAAAAAAAAAUAAAUAAAAACAGCUUCAAAAACAAAAAAACUGCCAGAAACCAGACGAAACGCGGAGUUAGCGACAGUCGAUCAAUCAAGUGAUCAGAGGACAAAGGAUUCAUCAAGCUGCCAAUCAAUCGAUUUAUCGAUCCAUCAAGCAAACACAAAACUAAAGCAACUAUUUUUCUGCCAAUCGAUCAAUCAGUAAAUCGAUAACGACAAAGUGCCAAAAUGUUUGAUGUAUUUGGCUCCGUAAAGGGGCUACUGAAAAUCGAUCAAGUUUGCAUCGAUAACAAUGUCUUUCGCAUGCAUUACAAGGCGACGGUGAUCAUAUUGAUUGCCUUCUCGCUGCUCGUAACAUCUCGCCAAUAUAUCGGAGAUCCCAUCGAUUGCAUUGUCGAUGAGAUACCACUCGGUGUGAUGGACACCUAUUGCUGGAUCUAUUCAACGUUCACGGUGCCCGAGCGUCUGACAGGUGUCGUUGGCCAUGAUGUCGCCUCGCCCGGCGUCGGUUCCCAUGUCGAUGGCGAGGACAAAGUCAGAUAUCACAAAUACUAUCAGUGGGUUUGCUUUGUGCUCUUCUUCCAAGCGAUCUUGUUCUAUGUGCCGCGUUAUCUCUGGAAGUCGUGGGAGGGCGGCCGACUGAAGAUGCUGGUGAUGGACCUCAACAGCCCCAUUGUGAAUGAUCAGUGUAAAAACGAUCGCAAGAAGAUAUUGGUCGACUACUUCAUUGGCAAUCUGAAUCGUCACAAUUUCUACGCCUUUCGGUUUUUCGUCUGCGAAGCCCUCAAUUUCGUCAACGUCAUUGCGCAGAUCUAUUUCGUAGACUUCUUCCUGGAUGGCGAGUUCAGUACGUAUGGCAGCGAUGUCUUGAAGUUCACGGAAAUGGAGCCCGAUGAUCGUAUCGAUCCGAUGGCGAAGGUCUUUCCAAAGGUCACCAAAUGUACAUUCCACAAAUAUGGUCCAUCCGGUGGAGUUCAGAAGUUCGACGGACUCUGCGUGCUGCCAUUGAACAUUGUGAAUGAGAAGAUCUAUGUGUUCCUCUGGUUCUGGUUCAUCAUUUUGAGCAUCUUGUCGGGCAUCUCGUUGGUCUAUCGUAUUGCCGUUGUUAUGGGACCAAAAUUGAGGCAUCUGCUGCUGCGCGCUCGCUCCCGCUUGGCCGAGAGCGAAGAGGUGGAGAAGGUGGCCAACAGGUGCAACAUUGGCGAUUGGUUCUUGCUCUAUCAACUGGGCAAGAAUAUCGAUCCAUUGAUCUACAAGGAGGUGAUCGCUGAUCUAUAUCGUGAAAUGGGCGGCGAUGGUCAAAGUCCACAAAAGCAGCCUUUCGAGGCUUAAGAUCGAUGGAGAUGGAGCAAGAGCGAAAGAGAGAGAGAGAGAGAGAGAGAAGGAAAGCGAGCGAGAUAAAGAGAAAGAGGAGGAGAGAGAGAGAGAGGAAGCGAGCGAGAGAGAAGAGUCGAAUUUGGAACUAGGAGUCGGCGGAGCUGGGAGUCGGAAGUUGAAGCUAGAGUCAAUGUCGGCAGCUAUCAGUGGCAGCGUGUCAGCGAUUUUGCACGCAGCCAAAGCUAAGUAUAACAAUAAGAAAAGAGGGCGUGGCCUUGUAAGCUAAUCAUGAGCUAAACAAAGUAAACAAUACAGAAAUACACACCCAUGCAACACACAUAUCAACGAAUUCCGCUUGUGUUUCACAUGUUUUCACGAAUUCCAAAACAUGUGAAAACCAGUGCAAUGAAUGAAGAAGUUAAAAAAAAAGUCCAUAGUACUAGACCAGAACCCGAUCCCCGAUGCCAACGACAAUCAGAAAAUGUUCAAACAAAAGACAAGCUACAGAUCGAACUAUAUAGCUAGAUAUAUAUGUUUAUAUAUUGAGCUAUAGGUAAACAGUUAAAAGACGCAGCAUAAAAGACAACAACAACAAAAGUGCAGGCCAACUGGAAUGCGAGUUGAAUAAAAUAUUUUUUAUAAAACAUAAACUACAUAUAUACACUACUAUGUAUAUGUAUAUAAAU